AUGCAUGUGCUUUUGACAAAUGAUGACGGACCAAUUAAUGAUGGCUCUUGUCCAUAUAUGAAAUACUUGGUCGACGAAAUCAAACAAAGUACUGAUUGGGAUCUUUCAAUAGUUAUCCCUGAUCAACAGAGAUCGUGGAUCGGUAAAGCACACUUUGCUGGAAAGCCAUUGGUUUCGACAUAUAUAUACACCAAGUAUUCCACAGAGAAACCAAACCCAGAUAUAAAUAAAUAUGAGGGUCCAUUUGACCAUCCAGUUAAGAGGUAUAGCGACAACAAGGAGGAGUAUCAAGAGUGGUGUCUCAUCAACAGCACACCAGCGGCAUGUGCGGAUAUAGGUAUUCACCACUUAUACAGACAAUCUAAGCACAAGCCUAUUGACUUGGUUAUAAGUGGCCCAAAUUUUGGAAAAAACUCGAGCAACCUUUAUAUUCUCACCAGUGGAACUGUCGGUGCUGCCAUGGAGGCAGUUACCCAUGGUGUUAGAGCCAUUGCAUUGAGCUAUGCAUUCAAUAGCAUGGAUCACGACUUUAAUACCUUGAAGGAAGCUGCCAAAAUCUCGGUUAAGUUGAUCAAAAAAUUGUACACUGAGCUCACUCAUCACCCGGAAAUUGACUUGUUCUCAAUAAAUAUCCCCUUGGUUGAUUCACUCAAACUUGGCCAGACAAAAAUUGAAUAUGCGCCUAUAUUGCAAAACCAAUGGGGAUCCAUAUAUACCCCACAAGAAACUUUGAACGACAAAAGGCAGAUCCAGUUUGAUUGGACUCCAGAUUUCAAGCGUGUUUACAAGGAUGGACUAAUUGAUCAUAACCAUACAGACAGUAGAGUUUUGUUGAAAGAAGGUAUUAGUGUUACGCCUUUGAAAGCUGCGUUUCAGGAGUUGCAGACAUUAUCUGGGGAAGUGAGUCUUGACAAGGAGGAUCUUUCGGUAACAAAGACGUUGCUAAUUACAAUUCCUGAGGACGUAUAUGUCUAUGAGCCUCUUGUGCUGGCAUUCAAGACACUUGGCUAUAAUGUUACAUCAGACCCUAAGCUGGUACCCAAGGGGCUGCCGGUUUUCCAUUAUGGGGAGUAUGAAGACAUUGAUCUUGACUUGGUCCACGAUAAGAACUACUUUAUUCCUUCAUACAUAUACCGCAAGGCUUUGAUACGAAAACAUUAUCUAGCAAACACCGUACACCAAUAUGUGGCUAAAUAUCCCAACUCAAUUUUGAAACGGGCUGUGCCUGAAAACUAUCAGCUUGAACUUGAUUAUGCCGAAUUUUUGGAUGACUCACUUGACGAUGCCUAUGAAUUGAGGGACGCUAUAAAUGAAGGCGAUAAGGUUUGGAUUGUGAAACCAAGUAUGAGCGAUAAAGGGCAAGGUAUAAGUAUAUUCAAGACAGUGGACCAAUUGCAAGCCAUUUUUGAUGCAUUCGAUAAUGACGAUGAUGAGGAUGACGAAGAGGAGAACCAAGGAGACAAGAAACAAGGGAAUGGCUUGAUUUUAUCACACUUGAGACACUUUAUCAUUCAAGAGUACAUUGCGAAUCCAUUAUUGCUUCCAGCUUACGACGAUAAAAAGUUUCACUUGAGAACUUACGUUGUCUGUCAAGGUAACUUGAAGGUGUUUGUGUACAAGAAUAUUUUAACCUUGUUUGCUGGGUCGUCCUACAAGGCUCCCACUGAAUUGGAAAGGGAGAUUGACUUGAGUGGGCAUUUGACAAACACUUGUCUACAAGAAGAAGAGGAUCCGUUAGUCGUGCCAUUUUGGAAAUUGAAAGGCAUCUCACAAUGUGACAAGGACAAAGUGUUUGACCAGGUGAGUGAGAUAACUAGUGAACUAUUCACUGCGGCUACAACUGUGGACAAGCUAAACUUUCAACCUUUGGAAAAUGCAAUGGAGAUCUUUGGAGUUGACUUUUUGGUGGAUGACAACUACAACGUGUAUUUGUUAGAGGUAAAUUCGUAUCCUGAUUUCAAACAAACUGGUGAUGAUUUGAAAGAUCUCAUUUACAAGCUAUUCAAGCUCGUAGCUAGUGAAGUUGUGGACCCUAUGAUUACAAAGUUAGAUAAAGUCGAAGUUGAUGCCAACUUGAAGCAAGUCCUUUGA